AUGUGUCUUUAUUUCCAUCAUUGUCUUCGUCUGGCUUUUUGUCUUCGUUUCCAUCUUUGUCUUCCUUUCAUCUGGUUCUUUGUCUUCGUUUCCCUUUUUGUCUUCGACUCCAUCUUUGUCGUCGUUUCCCUCUUUGUCUUCGUUUCCAUCUUUGUCUUCGUUUGGUUAUUUGUCUUUGAUUCCAACUUUGUCUUCGUUUCCAUCUUUGUUUUCGUUUCCAUCCUUGUCGUUUCCGUUUCCCUCAUAUUUGCAAGUUUCAUUUUUUUUUCCCUUUGUCUUCGUUUCCAACUUUGUCGCCUUUGUCUUCGUUUCCAUCUUUGUCGUCGUUUCCAUCUUUGUCGUCGUUUGCAUCUCUUUGUCUUCGUUACCAUCUUUGUCAUCGUUUCCCUAUUUGUUUUCGUUUCCAUCUUUGUCUUCGUCUGGCUUUUUGUCUUCGUUUACAUCGUUGUCUUCUUUUCCCUCUUUGUCUUCGUUUCCAUCUUUGUCGUCGUUUCCAUCUUUGUUUCUUCUUUUUCCCAUCUUUGUCUUCGUUUCCCCUCAUAUUUUGUCGUUUCAUUCGUUUCCUCUUUUCUUCGUCCUCUUUUUUGUCGUCGUUUCCAUCUUUGUCUUCGUCUGGUUCUUUGUCUUCGUUUCCCUUUUUGUCUUCGACUCCAUCUUUGUCGUCGUUUCCAUCUUUGUCAUCGUUUCCAUCUUUGUCUUCGUUUCCAUCUUUGUUUUUAUUUACAUCUUUGUUUCGUUUCCAUCUUUUCUUCGUUUCCUUUGUUUGUCUUUCUAACGUUUAAUUACAUGUCGUUGCCUUGCUUCCAUCUAUUCUCCCAAUCUUUCUCUCUGCUUCCAUUGGAAACACUAUUUUUUUUAAAUAUACUUUUACUGGAACAAUCUGAAUUUCUUUCUUCAUUUAAUUGUUCUCUUAUCUCCUUUUCUCACCUUCUGAACGACAGCUCUUUCUUCUUAUCUUGUUUAUGUUUUCAACUUUGUGUGCGUGUUUGUGGAAUUUGCAAUUUAUUGGCUUUACAGACCUCGUCUAUUCUUCUAUUUUACCCGGAAGUAUUCAGCGCAAACGAAACGGAAGUAUUUGUUGGUUCAUUUAUUUGCUUCUUUCUUUCUUUCUUUCUUUUCUGCUGA